UUACCCCGCUCAUGAUAGAACUGACUGACUGUAGUCGUGUAGAUCUACACUCGACUACUCCCACUCCCAGAUCGUUCGCUAGACUCCAAAGGGUGCAGAAAUCUCGGUGUGAAUGUUCGGCGCUGCUUGGAAGAUUUUCCAGUUGUCUGAAGGAAAGGAAGCCCUGGUCCUGGACGAGUCGACAAGUCCAUACCUGCUGCCAUGGACGGCAUUAGCAGCAGGCCGAGUAGUGUUGUCGCUGAGUGUCGACAGAGGAGAGAGUCGCGACGCAGCAGCGGCAAUGGGUCUCUAGCUCUGCCAGUAUUGAUAUUGUUGGUGAUGCUGGUUGUGUUCUUGCUUGGGAGAAUACAAAUCGCUGAGGCGCGAGAUAUUCUCUACCCGGACGAAUUCAAUUUCUCUGGCGUGACCUUGCUGCCGAAUGGAGUGAAUGUUUGCAAGGAUAGCUCCAGUCGCCCGAUAUGCUGUCCGCACUACGCUCGAGAGAACGAAUUCAGCCUCCAUUGUUUAUUAUUUGCUAACCAAACGCAACCUCUUUACGUGACACAUGGACAUCAGGACUGCCGACCAGGCGACCGUCCAUCUGUUCACAACUGCGGUACUUGUUUCGAGGAUAUAAUAGUUCGCCGCAGAUGCAUCUGUGCUAAUGGAUAUAGAAACGUCUCUGAGAAAUGUGUCCCCUGUUAUCCGGGGACCGCAGGCUCACUUUGCGCGAGUACAACAAGUUGCGGGGCUAAUAGCUCUUGCAAUGGCCGUGGUAUUUGCAGCGCUAGUUUUGGUUAUUGCGACUGCAUCUUUGGCUGGGCUGGCGAAGAGUGUGAACAUCGCUGUGAUGUGCAUAAUGGCAGGUAUGGCAGCUACUCCGAGUGCAGGGGAGACUGCCACAUCAAGUGUGCCAAUCACGUCACUUGUAUUCUGGAGGUACCUCGUCCACACAAAUCACUCAUAGAGAACAGAGUGAUGCACUGUCUCUGUCCACCAGGUCUGGAUGCGAGACCACCAGCCAGACCUGUAGAUCAGCAACAUGUCUGUGAUGUGCCCUGCACUGGCAAGAGAUAUGGGCACAACUGCAUGCACACGUGCAACUGUACACGGGGUGUGUGCGACAACAGCAUCGGUUGCCUGUGCCCGGACGGAUUUAUGGGAAUAAAUUGCGAUCGGAAAUGUGAGAAGUACUAUUAUGGCCCACAAUGCAACCAGACGUGUGACUGUGUGCAUGGUUGUCACCCAUCAACUGGUGUCUGCCACCCCUGCAAGGAUCCCACACAUGGCAACGGCACUGUCUGUGUUAAAUGCACCUGCGGUUCUGAGCCUGGCAAUUUGUCCGUCUGCAUACCCACGCAAUUUGAGUGCGGGUGUAAGAUUGGAUAUGGGCGUCAGAAUGGCACGUGUUUGCCAUGCCCACUGGGCAGCUUUGGCGACCAGUGUUCUCAGUUGUGCAACUGCCACAACAAUGCAACGUGUGACAGAGAAACUGGCUGUAUUUGUACUCCUGGCUAUAGAAACUCAAAUUGCUCUGACACGUGUAGUGGUGGUAAGUAUGGUGAUGGGUGUGCGAAGACAUGCACACUUUGUCCGAAGAUACUGGACCAUCACAGCUGUCAUCAUGUUGACGGACGCUGUCAGUGCGCUGAGGGCCUCUUUGGACAUCUCUGUGGUAGAAGGUGCCCAGAGGAAUGGAACUUCAUACCACUGCAGCCAUCAGCAGCAACAACAUUAGAUGGUGACAGUACAGACGCACUCACAACGUCAGCAGCAACAGGGACAACAGCAGCACCAGCAGCAUCCAGCAACACCUCUACAUUGCCCAUUGGCUCCACCACCACCGCAGGCACCCAGUUGCCAGCUACUACACUGCCACCGCCACUGUUCCAUAGCUGUCAGCUCUGUCUCUGUCACAGGAAUAACUCACACACGUGCAAUGAAAGCGGAGGACAUUGUCACUGCAAACCUGGCUGGACACAGGCCAGUGGUUGCCAUGCCCCCUGUCCCACUGGUCACUAUGGCGGCAACUGUACUUCCAAGUGUGACUGCGAGAACGGCGACUGUAACCAUGUCAACGGGUCGUGUUCAUGUUUUCCUGGCUACCAUGGUCACAGGUGUCGUAAGCGUUGCGUCGACGGUAAGUUUGGCCUGCACUGUGCCCAUCGGUGUGAGUGCACGUCCGGUGCCGAAACAUCCGCCUGCAACGUGUUUGACGGCGUUUGCCAGUGCAAGCCUGGCUAUGUGGGCAGGACAUGCAGCGAGAUGUGUAAUGGCGCGUCAUUCGGCGCCGAGUGCAAGCAGCAAUGUGACUGCCUGAAUGGAGGCAAGUGCCAUCAUGAGACCGGAUUGUGCAUGUGCUCAGACCUGCUCACUGGUACCAAGUGUGAGACGCGUAUCACCAUUGACCCAGUGACUGCUGGUAAUGAGGAAGACGGCGGAAAGAGCAACCAGACUUUCGAACUUACUUUGAUAUGCUCAAUCGGCGGUGUGCUAGUGAUUGUUCUCGGCGUAGCCAUUUCUAUUCUGUGCAAGAAGGCGAAAGGACGCAUGCGAACCUAUAGGGACCUACCAACAGGAGACAGGAGGUCACCCGCUGCACGGCGAGCACUUGCUGGUGAUGCUCCAGCCAACCCUAGUAAUACGUUAAAAAGCACCGGCAAUAGCAACCGCGAUAGCAAUUGGAGUGGCGCAUCUGGAUUGUCCCGUGCUAUCAGUAGCAACCCUGGCUACGAUUCUGUCGUGCCACGGCUACACAACGUCAGUGCUGACGGCACUCCAGUGAACUCCUCCACACCCACCAAUGAGUCUACUAGAAACCCCACGUAUCCAGUAACGUCCAUGUCAAGGCGGUCUUACGAGCGGCUUGGCCUUAAAGCCAAUACUGGAGAGUCGAGUACAACGGGAUCCGAACGAGGGAGUCCGCUGAAUGCAUCCAUGCUCUCUCGGACCCAGGACCAUCGUCGUAGUGAUGCUGAUGACUUGUCACUCGGACAUGCUCCACGUGCUAAUGACUAUCACAUGCUGAGCUUAGCUGCAAGUCGUCAUGGAUCGGAUGUGCAGGAGAGAACGCUUAGCCGUAGUGACAGUGAGAAACAGCAGCAAGGGGUACGCAAGCCACCUUUGAGGGAGAAUUAUUCACUGAUGCUACGAGGCGGAGAGGAGAAGAGGAUGAUGAAGGACAAGGCGGACAUGCCAGCUGCAGAUACGCCACCACCGCCGCCUCCUUCGGCAGGUAGUGUUGUUGCUCAUCAGAUGCCAGCAGCUCCAUUGGCCCAUGAAGCUUAUGACGAGGCUGAUUCUUCACCGCUGCCACCUCCGCCGGCAGAAGAGCUGCAGUUUGUGAGAAUGCAGGUGGAAGAGGACACUGCUGGGACAAGCAGCGACGUAAACCCUCUAUACGGUCAGUUCUCACCUGGUGCAACAGGAGUAGCACUGUCGACCAUACCUGUCGUGACAUCAACGUCAACACUGGACCCUGCUGCCAGUCCAGCACAACCCGUGCCCCCGGCCAACACUAGCGAGCGAAGAGCAGACUCGGAAUACGCUGUUCCCUAUGAAGAGGAGCGGCGACAAAAGGCGGCAUCAGACGCAGCAGCGGCUAGGCCAGGUGCACAGCACAAUUACUCAAAGAUGGAGCCUAAGAAGGCCAAGAAAGGCAGCAAGAAGAAGAACUGAACUAGCCUGGCCAGGCCCGGACGGCAAGGUGCAGAUCUGCAUUCGCCCAGCUCUAGGUAGGUAGGACUAUUAGCUAUUCAAAGUGUACCUGAUUUCCGGCUAGGACUACUUAAGACAGGUCACCAAUUGUUCUGACGGGCCUGCUAGAGCGUGCAUCCUUCCCAGCACAUGCCAGGUACCAGUAACUGGUGGAGCAUGUUUGAAGCCGUGCACACAUUCUCUUGCAGAACCGUUGUGCUGCUGGUCUCCAUACAUCAGCCUGAGCACGCUGCUUUCAAUGGUGUCGCAAGCCUGCACACCAUGCGAUUCUUGGCGUGCUCUUGUGGUCCCACCAAGAGGGCUGACUUAACGCGCACGCGCGCGCGUGCGCGCUCUCAUUAUAACAUGGUGUUUGCCGGCGGUGGCCUUGGUUCUGUUGACCUUUCUAUGCUACCCCUCUCUUGCCCGCAAGGCAGUUGCCCCUGUGCCCACUUGAGUUAGAUUAGCUGAAUUCCAGGCCGCCUUUUAACCAGGACAGAUGAUACAUGUACUAUUUCUAUUAUACUACCCUGUGAUGUUUGUACUGUUUGUUGUUAGAGGCUGGGGCAAUGAACGAACACUUUUGAUGUACAAUUAGUAUUUAUUGGCUAGAAGCUUGCAUCGAAAUCCAAAUGCAAUAACACACUCAACUGCUCCUGGCACCUGUGUUGUGUUUGGGCUUGUGUGGGCGCAGAAUUUCGAAUGCUACUGUUAAUGCUGGUAGAUAUUUAGUUGCCGCAAGUCGCUUCCCGGGGUGGGCGUUGUUGAUUUUUAUUUGUGGGUGCUGACUCUGACCUUUUCCUGUAUAUCUAUCCGACCAAUGAAGUAUGUCUUACACAGCUCUAUCCGGUAACCUGCCAUUUCUCUUGCUUGCUUCUCCAUGAGGAGUGUCUUCGUAUCUUUUGAUAGUCUAUACUCGAGGAGUCUUCUGACUGUCUAUACGCAAAUCUACUCUAUACCAUUUCAUGUGCAUGCCAAUAAUCCACCUUGGCUAGCUCUUGAUCGCACCGCUCAGUUCCACCGCUUUUGUGAUAUGUCCACAAUAUGUACCUGUCGUUUCUAGCUCGAUUUGUAUUGUAUCCGUACAUCUCCACAACACUUUCCAGCUUGGUUCUUAUUGCUCGUCUCAUCGAAGUGUGUUUGCAAACUUUCCCUUAUCGUUUGGGUAGUUUGGCAGGCUGUUGAGCUUUUCUGUGCCUUUUGUUACUCAUUUGUAUCUUCCUUUGUCCAGCUGGAAGUGUUAGUAUUAGCAACUUAGCAUGCACAUGUGCCCAAUGCGUGUGCCCUAUAUCCUUGC